AAAACUGCUUCAUCCUUUCGAACAACAAACAAAAUCACCUGAGCCCGUAAACUACUCUUUCUUCUUCAACAACUGACUAUGUCCUUACCUGCCGUUCUUUCACCGCCGUCCCUUUUCUCCAUUCCUCAAUCUCAACUGCCAUUUUCAACUUCUCCAACCUCGCUUCUUUCUCAUCCUAUCCAUAUUUCCUACACGCUCCUUCGGGCUACCAGAAGAACCUCCAAUUUCUCUCAGGGAGUUGAUAAUUUUGUGGACGAUCGGCGUAAUUGGAACCGCUCCGAUUUCGACUUAAUUGGUGGAGAGGAGGAGGAGGAGGAGGAGGAGGACGAAGAUGAGGAGGACGAAGAGGAUAGAAGUUUGGAUCUGUUGGUUCGUUUUGUUGAGAAUAUUUUUAGGAAAUCAUCGAGGCGAGCUCGGAAGGCUGUGAGAUCGGUUCUUCCUCCAUCCAUCCCUACUAAACUGGUGGCAUUUUCUGUUAAUGGGGUGCUAAUGCUGGCGUUUUUGUGGGUUUUGAAAGCAUUUCUUGAGGUGAUAUGCACACUUGGAACUGCAGUGUUUGUGAGCAUACUCAUCAUUCGUGGAGUGUGGAUUGGCAUUUUAUAUCUGCAAGAUACCCGCAGCCACAGACUCGGACAACUCGAUGAUGAUCAGCACCAUGCCUGGACUGGUGCUCAACCUGCAUCCUGAAUGCUUCAAUCACUUGGCUACUUACAAACCACAAGGUAAGUGGACAACUCCCCACCACCACCACAAAAAAAAAAAAGAAAAAAAAAAAAAAAAGAAGAAGAAGAAGAAGAAAAGGGUAUAGCUUAAAUAAAAUAUGGUUUAAUCCUAUUUUGGUUCUUUAGCCUUCAUGCUUAUCUCAUUUUGAUCUUUAAAUUCUUAUACUCUUAAUUUCGUAUAUAAAAGUGUUUUAGUUCUCGCCAACACUUUCCAUAAAUAAUCCUAUUUUGAUUUUUUAAUUCAUCUGACAAGUAGAUAAUUUAAUGAAUAAGUGUUUGAAAAGCUCCUAAUCACCCAUCACUAUUAUGUUUUGCGUUGGUUUCUAAAUGAAGUUGGAUUUUUGUUAAAAUGAUUUAUGAAUAAAAGUGGCGAGGACUAAAAUAACUAUCUAUACAAAAUUUAGGAAUUAAAGUAGUUAAACGUUGUAAAGUUUAUUGAUCAAAAUAAAAGCGUGAAGGUAGAAAUGUCUUUAAGUUUCAAAAUAGAAUUUAAACCAAUACAAAAGCCACUGGAGUAGAAAUGCUUGUCUCUAAACUUGAAGUAUAGUUUUGAUUCUUUUGGCCUCAUAGCUUUCUCUAUCCUAUCAACGAAAGCAAACACCUCUCUUCUUUUGUUACUUCUUUCAAGUCUUUAGGACAUGAUUACAAUUAGCAAAGGUAACCUCUGUUGUAAUAUUACGAGAGAAAUGUGGUAUAGUAUUUGGUUGUAAUCUCAGUUUUUCUUCCACUCUUUAUAACUUCCUUAUUUAAUUCUUUGUAAUAUCACGUCUGUCUAAGAUUAGACAUACCCUUCUCCUUCUGCUGCCAUAGGUAAUAAUAAAACAGUUAACAUUUCUCAA